GGAGCGCCAUGAAGGCGGAGCAGUCGCUGAGGAGGGAGGCGGAGUCUCCGCGCGUGCAGGCGGGCGAUGGCGCCACCCGUGGCCUAGAGGUCACGCGCCCGGGCGAGCCGAGCGCGAGCUCCUCCCGCGGCGUCCGCCAGCGUAUCGACUGCAGUGAACAUGCAGGUGCCGCUGGCCAGGCUGGCCUGCCCGGCAUACCAGUGCUUUCAUGCCUUACAAAUUAAGAAAAAUUAUCUACCUCUGUGUGCUACAAGAUGGUCUUCAACUUCUACUGUACCUCGAAUCACUACCCACUAUACUGUUCAUCCCCGGGAUAAGGACAAGCGAUGGCAAGGGGUGAACAUGGAGCGGUUUGCAGACGAGGCAGAUGUGGUAAUCGUGGGUGCCGGCCCUGCGGGGCUCUCAGCAGCCGCUCGGCUCAAGCAGCUGGCAGCCCAGCACGAGAAGGACAUCCGUGUGUGUCUGGUGGAGAAAGCUGCUCAGAUAGGCACGCACACACUCUCAGGGGCUUGCCUGGACCCACGAGCUCUCCAAGAGCUGUUCCCAGACUGGAAGGAGAAGGGAGCUCCACUUAACACUCCCGUAACAGAAGAUAGAUUUGGAAUUUUGACAGAGAAAUAUAGAAUUCCUGUGCCAAUUCUCCCAGGUCUCCCGAUGAACAAUCAUGGCAAUUACAUUGUGCGCCUGGGACAUCUGGUGAGCUGGAUGGGAGAGCAGGCGGAAGCCCUGGGUGUGGAAGUGUACCCCGGCUACGCGGCUGCAGAGAUCCUUUUUCAUGAAGACGGUAGCGUGAAAGGAAUUGCCACCAACGACGUAGGGAUACAGAAGGAUGGUGCGCCCAAGACAACUUUUGAGCGGGGGCUGGAACUACAUGCCAAAGUCACAGUCUUUGCAGAGGGCUGCCACGGACACCUGGCCAAGCAGCUGUACAGGAAGUUCGACUUGAGGGCCAACUGCGAGCCCCAGACGUACGGGAUCGGGCUCAAGGAGUUAUGGAUUAUCGAUGAGAAGAAGUGGAAACCCGGGAGAGUUGAUCACACUGUCGGCUGGCCCCUGGACAGACACACGUAUGGGGGCUCAUUCCUCUAUCACCUGAAUGAAGGGGAGCCCCUCGUAGCGCUCGGCUUCGUGGUUGGUCUAGACUAUCAAAAUCCGUACCUAAGUCCAUUUAGAGAGUUCCAGAGGUGGAAACACCACCCUAGCAUCCAGCCGACGUUGGAAGGCGGGAAAAGGGUUGCAUAUGGAGCCAGAGCCCUCAAUGAAGGUGGCUUUCAGUCUAUACCAAAACUCACCUUUCCUGGGGGCUUACUAAUUGGUUGUAGCCCUGGUUUCAUGAAUGUUCCCAAGAUCAAAGGGACCCACACGGCAAUGAAAAGUGGGAUUUUGGCAGCAGAAUCUAUUUUUAAUCAACUAACUAGUGAGAAUCUCCAAUCAAAGACGAUAGGACUUGAUGUAACUGAGUAUGAGGACAAUUUGAAGAAAUCAUGGGUGUGGAAAGAGCUAUAUGCCAUCAGGAACGUCAGACCGUCCUGCCAUGGCGUCCUGGGUGUGUACGGAGGGAUGAUUUACACUGGAAUCUUCUACUGGAUAUUCAGAGGGAUGGAGCCCUGGACCCUAAAACAUAAAGGAGUUUAUGAAUUUGUACCUUUGGAACAAGGUGAUGGAUUUCGGCUACAGAUAAAUGCUCAGAACUGUGUGCACUGUAAAACAUGUGAUAUUAAGGAUCCAAGUCAGAAUAUUAACUGGGUGGUACCCGAAGGCGGUGGAGGCCCAGCAUACAAUGGAAUGUAAACUGCAGCCGGCUUCACCCGUGCCAGUGUCUCUAAAAUGGACGGCAAGUUAACUUCAAAUGUUUGGAAGUUCACAGGUGUCAAAAAAGCUUAAAUAUAUUUUUAAUCAGAAUGUUCAUAAAGUAAUUAUCAGUGAAAUAAUUUUAUACUAUACCUAAAACUGUCCCAUAUUAUGAAUCUCUCUUAAAUAAAACUUUAUAAGUGAUGUAGCAUCUACUUCUCUCUCCAAGUCUUCCGAGAGUCAAACACUAUUGGCACUACUGGCCUCCAAUGUACAUUUGACUCAUCAGGCUCAGCACUUCCAGCGAAGUGUAUCUCCUAGAGCAGAGGUUGGCGUCCAGCCCACCACUCUUCUUACGCAGUUUUACUGGAACACAGCAGUGCCUCCUGGCUUACACACUGUCGAUGGGGGCUUUUGGGCUCCAAGUGCAGAACUGGGUAGCUGUGACAGACUGUAAUGUCUACCUGACCCUUUAGAGACGUCUGCCAGCCCUGCACACGUCACAGAGAGAUGCAUCAAAGAACUGAGAGAAACAACAUACAUACUUAACUUUUCAUCUGUUUAUUCAAACAAGAUGUGUCUAGAAGUUUAAAAUACACUGGACACCAUUAUCCUUUGUAAUGCAGAGAACCAUUUAAAGUAAGUUCAACUUCAGCAUAUUUUGUAACACUGGUCUAUUAAGAGUGAAUCCCUACCUGUAUUCCUAGACUGCAAACAAUGGGAACUGAAUUCUCAGAGGGAACACAUUAGGGAUCAUACAUAAUAGACAAGAUCCUUUAAUUGUCUCACUUCAAUGCAUACUUAAGCAAAACUGAAUUCCUUAUUAAGCAAACAUUUUUGCGUAAGCUGCCUUCUCUUUAUCUUUCUGUGCCUUUAUCUUUUGCUUGACUUUCAGCAAUUCUGCCUGGAUAGCUGCAAAAUAAAUAUGUAAUAUGAGUUAUUUCUCAAAACAUCCAAAAAAUUAGGCUGGCCAGCAAACUCAUGCUUUAGUGUGAUAAAAAAUGAUAUAACUGUUCGAAGGGUAACUGAGCCGUAUUAACAGUGUAUUUUACUUGGAGAAAGCAACCACACAAACAUAAAAACCACAGAGCACAAUUUUAGGAGACUGUCCACCGAGAGAACUAACUGAAUUACACACAGAUACGCCUUCUCCCUUCCAUCAGAGGGGGGACCCCACUGAAGUGCCUCCCCAAAGACCUAUGUCCACAUCUAGACCUAGAAUCACCAUGUGUACUUGGUUUAUUUGAAAAACAGGCUUAUUUUUGUCACAGCUUUCCAAAACUUUCCUAAAACAUAUUCAGUAGCUAGAAUACUUAGGUAAGGGCCACGUUCAGCUUAAGAAAUGGUCCCAAACACUAAAUUCGCCCUAAAUACUGUGUCUUCUAACGCUGCUCUUCCAUCUAGAAUUACAGGACAGCAGAGCAGACAGUCUUCAGACACGUGGACAGUGGCUGCAGUGUAAGCUGAAGGCAGGACCCUGACUUGUGCUUUCUCCAGCACGCCUGGAGUCUGGCCUGGAACAGGCGCUCUGCAGUAUCUGCUGGACAAGGCAACCUCUAAGUGGCAAAGCGUAUGCUAGUUCAUGAGGAUCAAUUCUUAAGGGACAAAAUGAACUUGCACUACAGAAACUGCUAACUUACCUUUAUCCUCUGGUGCUAUCUCCUGAGCUUUCUUAAGAUCAGCCUUUAAUUGGGAAAAAAAAUUAAAGAAAUAUUAGGUUAUGAGUUAUGAAAGUGGUUUUCUUUUUUAAUUAAAAUUUAAAACAGAGAGAGCUUCAAGAUGGCAGAGGAGUAAGACGUGGACAUCACCUUCCUCCCCACAGAUACAUCAAAACUACAUCUACACAUGGAACAACUACAGAACACCUCAGACCUCCCAAAAGGCAAGAAACUCCCCCACGUACCUGGGUAGGGCAAAAGAAAAAGAAAAAACAGAGAGAAAAGAAUAGGGACGGGACCCACACCUCUGGCAGGGAGCCAUGAAGGAGGAAAGGUUUCCACACACUAGAAGCCCCUUCACGGGCUGAGACUGCGGAUGGCAGAGGGGGGAAACUUUGGAGCCACGGAGGAGAGC